UUAAACAAGGGGCCAGGCGGUCUCUGAAGCCUCCUUAUUUACCCCAUUAAUUUGGGAUAGAUGGGAGACUUACACGGUUAUUAUUACUUGGAUGUACCGCGCUAUUUUCUUUCUUCACCAGCCCUUCUGCCUAGAUUCAGCAUGGUUGGAGCAACACGACCUCGUGCGUUGUACAGCUUGACAGAUUCCACCCCUGCCCGGACAAUUUGGGUCUACCGUAACGGUGAUCCAUUCUAUUUGGGGAGGAAGUUUAUCAUCAACCAUCGAUACGUGCCCACCUUUGAAGCGUUCAUGAUACAGCUGAACGAAGGUGUGCCAACACCCUUUGGGGUGCGGAACCUAUAUACACCCCAACAAGGGCAUGUUAUUACAGACCUACCUGAAUUGCAGCAGGGAGGUAGAUAUGUGGUUGCUGGCAGGGAAAAGUUUAGGAAGCUGAAUUACUCUGAUAUAGGGACAAGGAAACCUCAAAGAAAGAAGGAUGAGGUGAUUCGACCAGUAGUCCAUAGUAAUAUAAAAGUACCUUCCAAAUGGCAAUCAAUUUAUAAUAAACCAAGGCAUAUUAAUGUUUUCACAAAUGGAGAUAUCUUGAUACCACCUGCAAAAAUCCUCAUACCUAGAUUUACACUAAAUAAUUGGAAUGGUGUCCUUGGACUUAUAAAUGAAAAAGUAAUUCCUCGCUGUGGGGGUAUUCAUAGAUUGUUUACUUUAAAUGGCCAGCUUGUAAAUGGACCUGAUAAAUUAGAAGAUAACCAAUUUUAUAUUGCAUGUGGCAAAGAAAGAUUUCAACAUUUGCCAUACUGGCAACAUCCUAAGGUUCCAGAAAAUAUUCGUCGGAAUUUUUCAAAUUCACCAGAACCUCCAGAAAAGCCCCCUCUGACAAAGCCUCCUGUAGAAGCACCUAAACAAGAAGAUCGCAUUCUGACUCCCAUACAAGUAUCAAGAGAAGGAGCAGGAGAUAGGAUUUCUGUUUAUUAUGCAAAACCUGAGAAAGCAAGUCAUGGAAAUGCUCCUAGACCACUAUCUCCCAAUGAUGAGCAUAGUGUCUAUAUCGCUCGUAAGUCCCCAAGAGAAAUCGAAGGGGCUCAUGAGAUUCAAGAAGACAAAGAUGUUCAAGUGGAAAUACCCAUUGAUCAGGUCCCAGCUGAGGUCAUCCAGGAUGAGGAGAUUUAUGCAGAUCCUGGGAAUUUAAAAGACCAGGCUCCAGCUGAGAUUGUUCAGGAUGAGACAAUUUAUGCUGAGAAUAUAGAGGACCAGGAAAAAGAAGGUGAGAAACUUCAGGAGAGAAAAGGUGUUUUCAAAAAAAUGUUUGGAUUCUUUUUCAGUAGAUCAAGGAAAAACGAUACAAAAGAAAAUGAUGAAAAACAAGAUGCAAGGAAACAAAUGAUGGGCUACUAUCCAGAAAAUGAACAAUUGGAUAUCUAUGAUUAUGAUUAUGAUUGAAGGAACUAUUUGAAACAUCUUGCUGUCUGUUCUUAUAAAGGUUUCUAAUCUUGCAACCCUUGAAAAUCAUGUUUACUGACGAUAUAUUCUACAGCAUCAUUUAAAAGUUUUAACUAUUUCAUCUUACAAGCACAAUUAAAAAUGUAAACUUAGUUAUG